GUUCUUUUUAAUAAACUAUUAAAAACUUAGUUAUUAUAUAUAUUAGCGUAGUUAAUAAAAUACAUUGAAAUAUUACGGUUAUCAAGUUAAUUAAUUCAUAAAGAAAAUGAAAUUUGCAGAGCACUUAAGUGCUCAUAUUACACCAGAAUGGAGAAAACAAUAUAUAAAUUACGAGGAAAUGAAAGCAUUGCUCUAUGCAGCAGUAGAACAAGCACCAGCUGCAGAUAUAACAGAUUCACAUAUAUUAGAACGUUAUUUUAAUAAAUUUGAUGAACAAUUUUUUCAUUAUUGUGAUAAGGAGUUAGCAAAAAUAAAUACGUUUUAUUCAGAAAAAUUAGCAGAAGCAACGCGUAGAUUUGCAACUCUCAAUAAUGAAUUAAGUGAAAUUCUAUCUGCUUCUGAAAAUGGACAAGGAAGUCAUAAGAUCCAUUAUCGUAAUAAUAUUUUGCAUAAAAAGCCAGUUUCAACACGAAAACUUCAAGAAUUAAAAUUAGCCUUUUCUGAAUUUUAUCUUUUUCUCAUUUUACUUCAAAAUUACCAAAAUCUUAAUUUUACUGGAUUUAGAAAAAUAUUAAAAAAACAUGAUAAACUUUUAAAUAUAGAUCUUGGAGCAAAAUGGAGAGCAGAACAUGUAGAUACAGCAUUAUUUCAUACUCAUAAAGAUAUAGAUAGGCUUAUUGCAGAAACAGAAGCAUUGGUUACCAGAGAUUUAGAACAUGGAGAUAGACAACGUGCUAUGAAACGUUUAAGAGUCCCUCCUCUUGGAGAACAGCUUUCUCCAUGGAUUACAUUUAAAGUGGGACUUUUUUCAGGAGCUUUUAUUGUUCUUCUUAUAGCAGUAAUACUUUCAGGUGCACGUUACAGAAAUAAUAAUAAUUGGCGAGUUUUAUGUAGAUUAUAUCGUGGACCACUUCUUAUGAUUCAAUUUCUUUUUCUUAUGGGAAUCAAUGUAUAUGGAUGGAGAUCUUCUGGUGUAAAUCAUGUUUUAAUAUUUGAACUUGAUCCUCGAAAUCAUUUAUCAGAACAGCACAUUAUUGAAAUGGCUAGUGUGUUUGGAUUAGUUUGGUCUUUAUCAAUUUUAGGUUUUUUAUAUAGUGAAACAUUGGGAAUACCACCAUUUGUUCAACCUAUGUUGUUAUAUAUAUUACUAGCUUUGUUUUUGUUUAAUCCAACGAAAACAUUACGUUAUGAAGCUAGAUUUUGGGCACUCCGUGUAUUGGGUAGAAUAUUUUGUGCGCCAUUUUUUUAUGUUGGAUUUGCUGAUUUCUGGCUAGCUGAUCAACUUAAUUCUCUACAUACUGUUUUCUUAGAUUUUCAAUAUUUUGUUUGCUUUUAUGUACAAAAUUCUUCGUGGACCACUGUCACUGAUGCGGAAACUUGUAUUAUGCGCGAACUUUCAAUGAGACCAUUUGUGGCUUGUUUGCCAGCAUGGUUCCGAUUUGCACAAUGUUUACGGCGAUAUAGAGAUACAAAAGAAGCUUUUCCUCAUCUUAUGAAUGCAGCAAAAUAUGCUACUAGUUUUUUCGUUGUAGUAUUUUCUUACUUACAUUUAACUAAUGCUAAGUAUUAUGUAUUAUCUACUGAAAAUCCUUAUUUUUAUUUGUGGAUAACUGCAAGUAUUAUGAGUUCUUGUUUUACAUAUACAUGGGAUAUAAAAUUAGAUUGGGGAUUAUUUGAUAGUAAUGCAGGAGAAAACAAAUUUCUUAGAGAAGAAAUUGUUUAUUCUUCUCCAUAUUAUUAUUAUUUUGCAAUAAUCGAAGAUUUUAUACUUCGUUUUGGUUGGGCAUUUUCAUUAUCUCUUACUGAAAUGGGAUAUGUACAUGCAGAUUUAAUGAAAUCAUAAUUAUUUGCUGUACAUUUAAUGUGUACAAAAUAUGUCAUAUUGCACAUCAUUAUAAAGGAUGUUCCAAAAACGCAAGAUUUGAAUUUUGCGCUAUUUAUGUGGUAAAGUGUUGUCAAUGAAAAAAAAACAGCAUGACAGCAUAACAGUUCAAGAUUAUUAAAAAUGAAGUGCUACACGAAAGAACAACACGUUUUUAUUGUUAAGCAAUAUUUUAAAAAUAAGGUUUGGCAACUCUAGUUCGCAAUUUUCGUACAAAAUAUGGUCGGAAUAAUGAUUUAACUUCAUUAACUGUGAAGAGAUUAAUUAAAAAAUUUAGACAGACUGGAUCAAUUAGACUGGAUCUUAAACAUUCUGGCUGUCCUUCAACAAGUUGUUCAACACAAAACAUCGAAACAAUUCGUGAAAGUAUUGCUGAGAAUUAGAGGGACAUCAAUUUGGCACUGUGAUCAAGAAUUGGAUAUUUUGAGAAGUUCUCUAUUUUCACGAUUUGCGAAAGAUUUGCAUGCUUACAAAGUUCAAUUAAUCCAAGAACUGAAGCCUACUGACACGCAAUAAAGCUCCUUGACAGCGAAAAAAUUCGUUGAAUGGAUUAUGGAAAUAAUAACAACUAAAUGCUAAUUUUUCGAACAAAAUUAUCUUCAGCAAUGAGGCUCAUUUUCAUCUUGAUGGAUUGAUCGACAAAAUCGACAAAAUCGUCGUAUUUGGGAUUCAGAAAAUCCACAAGUGAUUGUUGAGAAACAAACGCAUCCACAAUAUGUUACUAUUUAGUGCAGAUUUUGAGCUAGAGGCAUCAUCGAACCAUUCUUCUUCGAAAAUGCGAUUAGUCAGGCAAUAAGUUAAUAGUGCACAUUCGCAUCGUGACAUGAUCCAAUUUUUUGUGUCUAAAUUGUAAAAUAUGAAUGUGGACGACAUGUAAUUUUAAUAAAACAAUGCUAUAUGCUAUACAGCCCGACAAUUCAAACAAUUCAAUUAUUGCAUGAGUAUGCAAUUCAUUUUCUUUGUGCGAUUUAAUGCUAUUGGAUCUUUUUUUUUGGGAUUUUUUGAAAUUUAAGAUUUAUGCCGAUAAGCCCACGAUCACACUGAAGAAGGAAAUUGAGCGCUGCAUCAACGAAUCAGCCACAUUUAUGUAAAAUGAUCAUAGCAAAAUUAGCAAAAGAGUGCGUAUGUGCAUUAUGUGUACAGCAAAACCGUGGAGACCAUUUACCUUGCUAUUCCAUACAUAAUCUUAUAUUGUAUAUUUUAUGAAUCAAUAAAAAAUUUAUAAUUUUU